UGCAGGUUCGAUCCCUGGCUGAGGAACUGAGAUCCCCCAUGCCGCAGGCCAACUAAGCCCGCAUGCCGCAACUACUGAGCCCACGUGCUGUGGAGCCCACGCCCCACAACUAGAGAGCCCACGAGCUGCGAGGGAGAGCCCCCGCGCUGCAACGAAGAGCCCACAUGCUGCAACUAAUACCUGACACCGCCAAAAGUGGACAGGGAAUGAUGGUGUUAAGGAACAAGAGGGAAGACAGAAGGAGGAACAAGAUCAGGAUUGAAGAAUAUGAGAAAGACAUGGAGAAGAUGAAGAACAUAAUUCCAUUUGAUAAGAUGACCAUUGAGGACUUGAAUGAAAUCUUCCCAGAAACCAAAUUAGGCAAGAAGAAGUACCCCUACCAGCCUCACAAGCCAACUGAAAAUUUAUAAACUCAACCCUGAGAGAAAGCUCUGGCCCUCGAAUUAUAAACUCUGCACAUUAAAAAAUAAUUAUAUACUGCAAAUAGUCAUUUAAAAUAAUUUCAAAGAGACAGAAAGCCUGGAUCAGAUGGGCAUUUUCUGUUAAUCUUGGAUGAUAGAUUUCUGUCUUAUAAGAUUCUCUCAUAUAAGAGAACACCUUAGUUACCCACAAAAGGCUCUGGUAAACAAUAAAUAAUCCAGUGUGUUGGUGCAGGGAGCAUCAAUAAAACAUUAAAGUGAGCAUUACUGGUAACUAGAAUGUACUUUGGUAAGGCCUCCCUUUGUAUGAAGAAUAUUAUGAGCACAUGCUGUUCCACAAACAGCAAUGAGGUGUUCUACUUUAAGAAAAGAUUAUUAAUAAAUGUGUGUUAUUUUGAA